CCCUCCAAGCCCACGACCGUCUCCCCAUCCGUUUCCCUGUCCUCUCUCUCUUCGCACGCCGUAGUAGUUGGCCAUGGCCGUGCAGGCGCAACAUCUCUCCCACGCCUUCCCCCACGACCUCCACGCCUACAACAGCAUUAGUGCUCUGGAGGAUGACCUGACGGCCGGCUCCCUCCUCUUUCCCGAGAACCUCAAGCGCGGGCCGGAGUUGGAGGGUGUUGGGAACACGGUGUUCGCCAACGUUCCGCGCGUCGAUCUCACCUGGCACGACAGCGCCCGCGCCCACGGUUUUGCGCAGAGGAAGCGGCCGCGCGUCGUCCCGGAGGCGCCUUCAUACUUGGAAGAUCAGCGCGGGCAGGGGCUUGUGCCCGUCGCCGUCGGUGAUGUGCUGACCAGGGCGGUGGGCUCCGACGCGGCGUCCACCAGCGGGAGGAUGAUCAAUGCCGCCGGCCCGCCGCAGGACCUGCUCUCUCAGAUGUACCGCCAGGGCAUGGAGAUCGAUGCAGUCCUACGACUCGAGACCGACCGCAUGCGCGCGGGGCUGGAGGAGGCGCGACGGCAGCACGUCAGGGCGCUGGUAUCGGCGGCGGAGCGUGCUGCAGGGAGGCGGCUGCGGGCCGCGGAGGCCGCACUGGAGCUGGCGCGCUGCCGCAACGCCAAACUGUCAGAGAGGCUCAGCCAGAUUUGCGCCGAGGGUCAGGCGUGGAUACGCGUCGCCAAGAGCCACGAAGCAGUCGCCGCCGGCCUCCAAGCUACACUCGACCAGGUCCUGCAAUCGCCUUGCGCUGCCGUCAACUCCGCCGGAGCGGAUGGAGAGGGCGACGCCGAGGACGCGCGGUCCUGCUGUUUCGAGACCCCCGCCGGCGACCACGCCGCAGGAUCCAAGGCGUCGGCGGUGGCGUGCAGGGCUUGCGGCGAGGGCGAGUCGUGCGUGUUGCUGCUGCCGUGCAGGCACCUGUGCCUCUGCAGCGCGUGCGACGCCGCCGUCGACACUUGCCCUUUGUGCGCGACCGCCAAGAACGCGUCGCUGCAUGUCCUGCUCUCGUGAUUCAAGCUUGCGCGCGUCGAAGCAACGGGGCCUUCUCCGAAACGGCUUGCGAUAGGGAAGUCAGCUGGCCUCAGCUGGCUCGAUCAACUUGCCCAUGUUACUUACUUUCGGACAUGGAUGGCACGAACCGAAUGCAAUUUCAGAUAGAGCGCCAUAGUUUGAUUUUAGCGUUGUGGUUUUCCAAGUAGGGUUAGGGUGUAUUUUGUUUAGGAUUUUGAUAACCAGCAUCGUCGCUUGGAAGAACAUGACAAAUUGAACAUUUUGAUUACUUCGCCACUUUUAA